UGGAAAAAAAAUACUAUGGUUUCCCGUACGACACUGACAGUCUAGUCUAGCGUGUUGAACGGGCUUUCAAGUAAUCAGGCGGAAGUGAGGUUGCUCAUGGACAGCUACAAAAGAAAUCCACUAAAACCAUGGAAGAAGGGUCCGGCAAGAGGGAAAGGGGGGCCGCAGAAUGCGUUAUGUGAAUACCGAGGUGUUCGACAGAGAACAUGGGGAAAAUGGGUAGCAGAAAUCAGAGAGCCUAAAAAGAGAACUAGGCUAUGGUUAGGAUCUUUUGCUACAGCUGAAGAAGCUGCAAUGGCUUAUGAUGAAGCAGCAAGGAGAUUAUAUGGACCAGAUGCUUACCUUAAUUUACCACACAUGAGGGCUAAUUUCAAUCCAUUGAACAAAUCACAAAAGUUCAAAUGGUUUUCUUCAACAAACAACUUUGUUUCAUCAUUAAUCCCUAAUACCACUGGCUUACUCAACUUAAGUGCUCAACCUAAUGUUCAUGUAAUUCACCAAAGGCUUCAAGAACUAAAGAGAACAGAGGCCGCGGUGGCAGCAUCUUCGAGUUCAUCAAUCUGCAGUGAUCCUAAAAAUGAAAUUCAAAUCUAUAGUAAAUUACAACCUCAGUACUUGACAAGUCCGCAAGUGAUCAAGGAGAAGGAAGAUGAAUUCUCAUCAAACAACAAUGCAGCGAUUCGUGGUGAUCAAGCUGAGAAGCCUCAGAUUGAUCUGAAUGAAUUCCUUCAACAGAUAGGAAUACUGAAAAGAGACGAUCAUCAACAGCAGCCUAAUAAAAAUCACAAUCAUGAUCAUAACAAUAACAUCAGUAAUUUCACAGAGUCAGGAGUUUCACUAAAAGAAGAUAGUUCGGUAGCUCAUUUAUUUAGUGAUACAACAAGUUAUAAUUGGGACGCAUUAGGUGCAAUAACAGGUAUAGAAGAUCAUGAGGCAGCAGCAGCAGCAGAGGCUACUAGCUUUUAUAAUGUGAAUGAUGGCCUUGUGUUUCCAUCUUCAAUAUGGAACUUUUGAAAGAAUUUAUCUUAUAUACA